UAUUUAAACCGGAAGUAAAAAGUUCUGAAGCAUCGAAAAUGAAAUAGACAAAAGACAAUGCUUCUUUCAACCAGACAUAGUUAGUUAUUUCAUCACACAACUUUUUCAUUUUCUAUUUUUAAAUAUCUGAGGGGUAACUUUUGAACUUCGGUUGGAAAUAAAAUGUCCUCCGCAACACCAAGGAAAGAUAGAAGACAGAAAUGGUGGUCAGAAAAACAGAAAACAAGAGCAACUAAACGAGAAGGAUUGAGACCAAAUCCUAGUGCUGUUGACCACUUUGUAAUAACUACUGAAAAUAAAGGAGGAUUCAAACCAUCAGACCAAACCAAGAAAGUCUUAUCAUCAGAACAACAAACUCCAUCUAAAGCAUCACCUGACUCCCAGAAAACAGCCAAAUCAAAAGUACAAGACAAAGUUAAAAAUAGCACAGACGACAAACAGCCAAGCAAAAAGAAUAAUAACAUAAAGCAGGAAAGUGACAAUACAUCAGAUACCAAACCAAAGAUAGAAACAAACUACGUUUUAUUUAUCGGAAAUUUGCCUUACAAUGUGACUAAAGAAAACCUGGAGGAACACUUCAGAAAAACAGGAGGAGUGAAGAAGAUCAGAAUACCUCAGGAAAAAGCUAAACAGCGAUCUAGAGGAUUUGCUUACAUUGAAUUCAAGGACAGAAUAAGCCAUGGUAUUGCCUUACGACUUCACCACACAACAUUAGGGGGUAGAAAAAUUAAUGUAGAAUUUACAUCUGUUGGUGGAAAUAACCAGAAAAGAAAAGACAAGUUAAAACAGAAAAAUGAAGCCUUAUCAAAGUUUAAGAUGCCUUUAGGUUCAUAGCACACCAUGAAUGGAUUGGUGAAAGGAAGAUUUGGUGUUGGCUUUAAAGAAAUAUAAGUUGUGUAAGACAAAAUGUGUCAUCGAAAGUGUCACUCCCUACCUAACAACAUACAUACAUAUUUAAUUUUAAACUAUAAACUUGAAGUGCAUUAAAGCAUUUUGUACAACAACAUUUCAACAAGAAGUGAUUGAUAACGGAUAUGAAAUGUCAUAUUUCUCAUAUCUUUAAUUUUCGUUGGUUGAAACAUGUCUCAUUUAUGCGCUGAUAUACUACAGUGCUUUAAUUUGAACUUGUUUGUGAUAUUUCUGUAGAUCAUAAAUCAGAGUAAACCAGACAAACAGUUUAUUCAAAGGAGAACUAGAUAUAAAAAAUCAACAAAUAGAGUGUUAAAAUUAUUUUACCUUAUUAAUAAGGAUGAUUUGUUUUGGUGUGCGGUCAUAGUUUUACAUAAAGAACAUUUUUCAUUUAUGAUACUACUAAAGAGAUGUUUAAGGACCUUAAUUUGUCAUGAAGUUCUCUCUCUAUUGAUCAUUGAUGAUUAUAAAUUUUGAGAAACAAUGUUGUAUAUAUUUUGGUGCUAAGUUUUUUUUUCAUAUUUUUUUAAUCAUCUUUAUUUUGAUUUGCAUUUUGAUAUAUCUUUUGGAAGAGAUUUAUGAAGAUCUUUAAUCAGUUUUCAGAUUUAUAAUUUUUUUUUUUGUAAAAAAUUAUAUAAAAAAGUGGAGAAAGAUACCAAUGGGCAAAAAAACAAAAAUUACUCAUAGAAAAACAGACAACAACAAAAAAACAAAGAAUGAAAAGACAGACAACAGUUUACUGAACUCUACACAGAAAACUAAAGAUUGAACAUCAUGAGCCCAACAGAAAACUAAAGUUUGAACAUCAUGAGCCCAACAGAAAACUAAAGUUUGAACAUCAUGAGCCUCACAAAAAUUUGGGAGGAACAUUUUGAAUUAUUUCUAGGGGAAUAAACUAUAUGUAAUCCUGUAAAGAAAAUUAAUUUUUUUAAUUUUUUUUCGUUUGUUAAUUUUUUUUUUUUAUAGUUAAUUUAGAGUUUUUAAAAUUAAAAAAAUCUUCGCACAACAAACUAAUGGAACAGAAAGUAUGUAAUGAAAUCUGACCGGCACAUUUCACCAUCAUUGUCUAUUUGAAACAUGACAAAAGUAUUGUAUACAAAUAACAUGAAAAUCCUCUACAUAUCUGAAUUUAUCCUUUAAAUUGUAGCCGUUUAUUUUCAGCUGCAAGUAUUUUCCAAAAUAAAUACUAAAAUAUUCAAAUUUGAAAAAAUUAAUUAUAUGAUUGGAUUAAUUUUAUGACUGAUUAUAAUUUUACCAUUUUCAGACUUAUUUUAAUUUAAAUUAUUAAUGUUUGAAAUAAGACCAUUUUCAAAAUACUUGCUUAUUUAAUUAAGACUGAAGAGCUGAAAUCCAUGAAAUACUUGCAUAUUUUCACAGUAUAGUAACUUCAUUAUUCAUCAUGUUCAUGGAUUUCAGUUUUUCUGAUUUGUCAAAAAUUACUAAUUCAUGGGAUUUUUUAUUUCUGCUCUCAAAAUUUAUCAAAACAAAGUAAAAGAAGUAAUAAUCAAAUUCUUGAUUUUCAUGAAUCACAUAAUUCUUGAAUAUUCGCCCCCUUUGUAUAAACAUGACAAGUAAACGAACUCUCAGAGUAGUUGAGAUUUCUUGCAUCAAGAAUAAUUUGUAAAUUGGUUACUUUCAGAAUACAUACAAUGUAGGUAUCUGGUCCUAUUUGACUUUAGUUUUCAUAUUAUAUCAUUAAUUGUAUGGAACAUUAUUCAUGAGCUUGCUUUUAACUUCCUACUUCAACUAAAUUUAUGCAGUUAUUAGGUGGAACAUUGCAUAUGUUACAUUCAAGCAGUUCAAAACAAUAAUGUAAUUUAUUUAUUUAAAUUAAGUUAGCUUAUUUAUUUGAAAUAUGCUCAACCGUUUUGCCAAAAUAUAAAUAUUUAUUAUGGAAAUAAUGAGAAGGUUGGUUAUUUAAUAUAAUAACAAUUUGAAGCAAUUUUUGAAAGCACUUUUGUACAAGUAAACCUCAUUGUUAAGGCUUGGACUGCAUGAACAUGCUUUACUAAACCAAGUUUCUAACCACCAAAACAGUUAAUGAUAAUAAAUAUUCAGAUCACUCACUUUAAUUCAUUUUCCUGAAUUCUGACCUGAUUUUGUACAAGUCAGAAUAAAAAAAUAUCAAUUAUAAAAAAACUUUUUUCUGCUAUUAAAGUAUAAUUUAUUGAAUGAUUGUAUAUACAAGCCUUGAAUUAUUUCAUUCAUAUUGGUGCAAUUGAAAAUGAUGAAAGUGUGUGGAUGAAAUAACAUUUUGUAUCAUUAUCUUUGUUGUUAAUUAGUACAUGAUCAUGCAUGAAAUCUACCUGAAUUUGCAGAUUUGCAAAAUAAAAAAGUAAACAUUU